AUGUUGGUGUGGUUGCUAGCAGGUAAAGACAAGUCUCUGUCAGAGCAGGAGCACAGGCUCCUGUCCCACUCAUACCAGUACAUACUAACCAGCCACUGUGCAGGGACACCAGCCCCCUUCCUGCUCUUCCUGGUCCCAGUUGCUCCACAGGACGCUGCAGCGAGGAGGCCACCACAGAAAACAUGGGGAGCUCCAGGUCAGGACAUCACUGUCUUCUACAUGGGGGUCCCUGAGGGUAGGUCCAGCCUCCAGGACAAGCUGGAGGAGGAGAGCAGGGAACAUGCAGACAUCAUCCAGAUAAACUUCCUGGACAGCUACCAGAACCUGACAAUCAAGACUGUGAUGAUGAUGAACCAACAGCACCACUGCCCCAGAGCCUCCCACGUCAUGAAGGUGGGAUCUCCUGACAUCUUUGUGAACGCACCCACCUCCUGGGCGGUGGCUGAGGAGCGGUGCCCACGUCAGGCCUUCAUCACAGGGUCAGUGAUAAGCGAUGGCAGGCCGAGGAGGGACAGUUACAGUAUGCAUUUGUCAGAGGAGGAGUACCCUGAAGACAUUCCCCCGUAUGCAUCUGGAGCUGGGUAUGUCCUCUGACUGGCCGCCAGGAUCUCCUGGGCCUCCAGGUUCGUGAUCUUCAUGGAGGACGUGGUACAUGGGCUGUGUCUGCGUGUGCUGGGGUCCACGAAGGCUCACCUGCCCACCCUAGAACCCUUUGAAAUCAGAGACUUGGAGUAUGACAGGUGCACCUUCGCCAAACUCUGCCUUGAACGGGUUCAAGGGCCAAAGCUGCUGCAGGUCUGGCAGGAUUUCUCCAAAGGACACAGCAGCCGUUGA